AUGGUGCACAUCNCGAUCCUGCGCCGCUCGCGCGGACACCCGAACUUUGUGCAGUUCCUUGACUACUGCCAUGGUGGAAACUUUAUGGUGCACAUCGUGAUGGAGUACUGUGCGUCGCACCAGUCGGUGAGCUUCGUUGCCUCAGUGUUGAUACAGAUACUCGCGGGAUUGCACUUCCUGCACGUUGAGCAGGCCACGCUGCACCGCGACAUUAAGCCGCAAAACUUGUUUCUCUGUAGUGACGAGUCUCUCCGCAUCGGCGACUUUGGCGUGUCGACGACCCUUGAGCAGUUAGGUGGCGUGGCCAAGGCAGUAUGUGGGUCGCCACUCUACAUGGCCCCGGAGGUGUGCGAAGAGCAGGGCACUCUUGGAACAGUAACGAAAAAAGAGUCAUCAUGCUUGGCGUAA